UCCGGCCGUUUUCACCCUUCCGUGCGGCCCCGCCGUCCGCGCCGCUAGGGGGCGCUCGCGGGAUCCCGGCGGGACCGUGCGCCACGUGGCCCGGAAACGCGCUGGACGCCUGCGCCGCGAAGCCCUGCGAGGUGGGCCGCAAGCUGGGCGCGUAGGGCAGCGCGGGCCGCUGAGGGAGGCUGCGCCCGAGUGGGAGCCGGGAGGGGCCCGGCGGGCGGCGCGGGGCCCUGACCUGCCCUCCCCCUGGACGCGGCAUGUUGCCCUGGACCCCCCAGCGGUGGGGCGCGGGCGAGGAGCAGGCGCCCGAGAAACAAGGCCCCUCGGCGGGCAGCGACCCCGGCCAGGCCUGGGACUCUGGAGAGGAAGCCCUGCGGGAGCCAAGAACAACCCCACAGGACAGGUGGGCUCUGCGGGCGGCACUUGGGCGAAACCCGACGGGGGCCCACAGUGUGAGAAGAUCUCAGUUGUCCCUAGCGAAGAAAGGGUAUGAUCAGUCUCCCCGCACCGGGCACCCUUGGCCCUGCCUUGGAAGUAUUCAGACUUGGAGCGGGGAGGUGAUUGCGGGAGGCUGUGACCGAAGCAUCUCAGUACCGCCCCCUCCCAGUCCUCAGCCCGGGUCCCGAAGGCCUUCCUGGACCCGGAAAGAGCAGCUGUUGCCUCGGCCGCCCCCAGCCCUGGCUGCCGAGCGGUCCCCGGAAACCCCAGUCCGACCCCGCCCCCCAGUUCCCCUCUCCCCCGAGAUGACCUGGGAGGUGGCCCCGUCAAGGAUGACCCUGCUGGCGCCACGGAACCCCAACUGUGAGGCUAAACCGGGACCUCGGCUGGUGUGGGGGCUCAGCUGUGAGUCAGGCACCUCCUUCUCAGGCCGGACCUUGCACCAUCCCUCAUUCUGCCCUCUGUACGAGGCAGCCUCAGGCAGAGGCCUCAGGCCCAGUCUAGCAGGACAUCAGAGUGGAGAGCAGGCGCCCAGGGAUGCAGGGUUCCCGGUCAUGUGCUGUGAAGAUGUCUUUCUUUCUGACCCUCUGCUGCCCCGUGGGCAGCGUGCUCCCCUGUACGUGUCUCAGGCCCGUCAGCAGGUGAUGGGCUCUCUGAAGCUGCUGCUCCCACCCCCAAUCAUGUCCCCCAGGGUCCUCCCCACUCCAUCCUCUGGCUGCUCCACCGCCUGGCUCAGUGGGCCUGAGCUGAUCGCCCUCACUGGCCUCCUGCAGAUGAGCCAGGGGGAGCCAAGACCCAGCUCCCCGGGGGCUCCCAUGCCCACUGCUGGCCCCCCAGACCCUGCCUCUGACCACCCAGGAGCCAGUGGUGGCCAGAGCUGUUCUCACUGCACGGACCCAUCUCUCCCACGGGCCCCAGACAGCCAAGGUCCAUAGCCCCUCUGGGGGAGAGUGGGCCCCCUACUUCCCCAGGCAGGUUCUGUUGACAAUAAAACAGUGUUGGUUUGCA